AUGUCGCGUGAGGAGCCCUUGCUCGCUCCACGCCAUUCCUCCGAGCACUCGUCGAUCCGCAACGAAGACGAAGAAGACGCUCUCUUGACAGGCGAGCGUACAAACCGCUUCCGAGAUGGCCCACAGCGAGACUGGUCCUUCUGGCGACAGGCCGGCCUGUUUGCCUGGUCACUCAUAGCCACCCUGGCCGUCAUAAUCCUUGCUGUUCUGUACCAGCACAAGGUAACUACACCGCAAACUGGGUCGGACGGACUCACCUGGGGUCCUGGAGGCAAGCCUGUGGGAAAACGCAAUGUUAUCUUUAUGGUCUCGGAUGGAAUGGGUCCAACCAGUCUGUCCUUGACACGCAGUUUCCGCCAGCUCGAGCUGGGUCUCCCUGCCAAUGAUACCCUAGUUCUAGACCGGCACCAUGUUGGAACCUCGCGAACUCGUUCGUCGUCAAGUUUGGUCACGGACUCAGCCGCUGGUGCAACUGCGUUUUCUUGUGGCCACAAAAGCUACAAUGGUGCUAUCUCUGUCCUACCAAACCACACAGCCUGUGGAACUGUGUUGGAAGCGGCACACCUUGCAGGUUACAAGACAGGGCUGGUCGUCACCACACGCAUUACUGAUGCUACACCCGCAUGCUUUGCAUCGCACGCAAACCGACGAGAGUACGAAGAUCUUAUCGCGGAGCAAGAAAUUGGUGAACACCCCCUGGGCCGGGUCGUAGAUUUGAUUCUCGGAGGUGGCCGAUGCCACUUUCUACCGCGAGACGUCGAGGGCGGUUGUCGUGCAGAUGACAGGAAUCUUGUGGAGGAUGCGCAGGAUAAGGGCUUUCAUUAUAUUCAAGACCGAAACGCAUUUGAUGGCCUUAACGAAGGCCAAAAUGCCAAGCUCCCGCUGUUGGGUCUAUUUGCGGAAAGGGACAUCCCCUAUGAAAUCGAUCGUCGAUUUGUUGGCGAUACUUACCCUUCUCUCGAGGAGAUGGCUCGUACUGCGCUGUCUGCUCUCAGCAAAGCUACCGAGGAAAGCGACAAGGGCUUCUUCAUCAUGAUCGAGGGUUCCCGGAUUGACCAUGCCGGCCAUGGAAACGACCCGGCAGCACAAGUGCACGAAGUCCUCGCAUAUGACAAAGCGUUUGCUGCUGUACUGGAGUUCAUCGAAAAGGACGAUACCCCCACUGUCCUAGUCAGCACCUCUGACCAUGAGACAGGUGGACUCGCUGUCGCUCGGCAAUUGCACAAGUCGUACCCGGAAUACAAAUGGCUUCCAGAUGUUCUAGCCAAAGCUAAGCAUUCCGGUGAAUAUCUCCAGAAAAAGCUGAACGAAUAUCUUAGCUCAGAUGGCAAGGUCGAUAGCCAGAAGGAGCAGCGUGAAUAUCUACGCGAGUCACUCUUGAAGCAGGGAUUAGGCAUUGAAGACGCCACUGACGAAGAGGUUGAUUCGCUGCUUCAGACUGACAACGAGGUUUCGCCCAGCUACUUGUUUGCCGACAUGGUCAGUCGGCGUGCUCAGGUUGGCUGGACUACACAUGGACAUUCAGGCGUCGAUGUCAAUAUUUAUGCGUCGUCGACAAAGGACGCCUGGCCAUUGCAUGGCAACCACGAAAACACCGAAGUUGGUGAUUUCCUGGCCGCGUACCUCGACCUUGAUGUGGAAGCUGUCACACAAAAGCUGCAGGAACAAGCCACGCUGUCCUGGCUGGGUGAUCCACUGGGAGCUGAUAUUCGAGUCGAGCAUCUGGACAGCUACCAUGGAGAUUUCCGCAAGCGUGGAGAGAUCUGCAACUGUGGCCAGCACUAA